UGUCCGGGGGCGUCCCGUGGGUUUGCACGCGAGCGUGAGCACGCAGGGGUGUGUGUGUGCACACGGGGGUGAGCGCGCACGGAACGGGUGUGUCAGCAGGUGUGUACGCGCCUACACGCGCGUGCAAGCUCGCAGAGGUUGCUUGCACGCGCGUGUCAGCACCCCACGCCCCGCCCGCGGGUGUGCAAACCGUUUGCACCCCCAUUUGCACGGCCGUUUGCACCCUCAUUUGCACGCCGUUCGCACUCCCAUUUGCACGGCCGUUUGCACCCCCAUUUGCACGCCGUUCGCACCCCGUUUGCACACCGUUUGCACCCCCGUAUGCACGCCGUUUGCACCCCCGUUUGCACGCCGUUUGCACUCCCAUUUGCACCGCCGUUUGCACGUCGCCCGUGUGCCGGGCCCUGAGCGAGGGGCCGGGGGGGCCCCGCGGGGCGGGGGGGCGCGCGCGGGGGCCGCGGUACCCGGAUCUGGGGGGCGGGCGCCAGGCCCGGCUCUGCCGCCGCAGCCAUGAGCGGCCCCGGGGCCCCCCCGCCCGCCCCCGCCGGCGCCCCCGUGGGCCCCCAAGCCAUGCAGCAGGUCCUGGACAACCUGAUGGGGCUCCCUGGCGCCCCGGGGGCAGCCGACCUGGACCUCAUCUUCCUCCGCGGCAUCAUGGAGAGCCCCAUAGUAAGGUCCCUGGCGAAGGCGCACGAGCGGCUGGAGGAGACGAAGCUGGAGGCCGUUGGGGACAACAACGUGGAGCUGGUGCAGGAGAUCCUGCGUGACAUCGGGCGCCUGGCGCGGCAGGACAGCGUGGCCGCCGAGCUGGCACGCAUCCUGCGCGAGCCGCACUUCCAGUCCUUGCUGGAGACCCAUGACUCGGUGGCCUCCAAGAGCUACGAGACGCCCCCCCCCAGCCCCAUCCUGGACCCCACGUUCAGCAGCCAACCCGUGCCCCCUGACGCCGUGCGCAUGGUCGGCAUCCGCAAGGUGGCCGGGGAGAACCUGGGGGUGACGUUCCGGGUGGAGCGGGGGGAGCUGGUGAUCGCCCGCAUCCUGCACGGGGGGAUGGUGGCGCAGCAGGGGCUGCUGCACGUGGGGGACGUCAUCCGGGAGGUGGACGGGCGGGAGGUGGGCAGCGACCCGCGGGCGCUGCAGGACAGCCUGCGCCACGCCAGCGGCAGCGUCGUGCUCAAGAUCCUGCCCAGCUACCAGGAGCCGCACCCGCCCCGCCAGGUCUUUGUUAAGUGCCACUUCGACUACGACCCGGCCAGCGACAGCCUCAUCCCCUGCAAGGAGGCCGGGCUCCGGUUCUGCGCUGGGGACCUGCUGCAGAUCGUCAACCAGGACGACCCCAACUGGUGGCAGGCCUGCCAUGUGGAGGGCGGCAGCGCGGGGCUGGUGCCCAGCCAGCUGCUGGAGGAGAAGCGCAAAGCCUUUGUCCGGCGGGACGCCGAGAUGACCCCCGCAUCGGGUACGUGGCCCCCACAUCGGCUCAGCAGCGCCUGUGCCCUGGCAGGGGCCCUGUGUGGCAGCCUCAGUGGGAAGAGGAAGAAGAGGAUGAUGUACCUGACGACAAAGAAUGCUGAGUUCGACCGCCACGAGCUGCUGAUCUACGAGGAGGUGGCGCGGAUGCCGCCGUUCCGCCGGAAAACGCUGGUGCUGAUUGGGGCGCAGGGCGUGGGGCGCCGCAGCCUCAAGAACAAGCUCAUCAUGUCCGACCAGGCGCGCUACGGCACCACCAUCCCCUACACGUCGCGGAAGCCGAAGGAGAGCGAGAAGGACGGGCACGGGUACCGGUUCGUGUCACGGGGGGAGAUGGAGGCCGACAUCAGGGCCGGGCGGUACCUGGAGCACGGCGAGUACGAGGGGAACCUCUACGGCACCAAGAUCGACUCCAUCCGCGCCGUGGUGGAGGCCGGCAAGAUGUGCAUCCUGGACGUCAACCCGCAGGCAGUGAAGGUGCUGAGAACGGCUGAAUUCGUGCCAUACGUGGUGUUCAUCGAAGCCCCGUGCCCCGAGACGCUGCGGGCCAUGAACCGCGCGGCGCUGGAGAGCGGCGUGGCCACCAAGCAGCUGACGGAGGCCGAUGCGCGGCGCACGGUGGAGGAGAGCGGGCGCAUCCAGCGCGGCUACGGCCACUACUUCGACCUCAGCCUGACCAACGACGACCUGGAGCGCACGUUCGCGCGGCUGCGCGAGGCCAUGGAGCGCCUGCGCGCCCAGCCCCAGUGGGUGCCCGUCAGCUGGGUCUACUAGAGCCCCGGGACCCCCGCCCGGCUGCGGAGCUGGGGGGGCUGUGGUGAGCGCGCCGUGCUCAGCGCCGCGGGGGGGCUGGGUCUCUGCAGGGCCUCCCCCGCCCAUGUGCAGCCCCCCCCUCCCUCCUACGCAGCCCCAGGUUUCUGGGGGGCAGAGGCGGAUGGACGGGUCCCGGGGGUGGACAGACCCCUCUUGCUGUGCCCAGCACCCACAGCUUUUCACUGCCAAAACCUGACCUCUACCCGUACCGUCCCAGGGGACUGUGCCCCCCAGCUGCUGGGAGCGCGGGGAGGAUGAGGGUCCAGCCCCUUGGGUCCCCAAGCCGGAACCCCCCCAGCCCCCCUUUCACCCUUCCCAGGGCGAGGGUCCCUCGGUGCCCCUCGUGCCCCCAUCGCCCCUUCCCAGGUAGCAAUAACCCCUCUAACACCUCCCUGCCCAUGUGGGUUCAGCCCUGUAAUUAACCGUUAAUUAACCCUCCAGUUAACCCCCAGUGGAGGAGGCGGGAGCUGGGGCUGUGCCCUGGGGACACGCAGAGCACAGGGCACACGCGCGCAGGUGUGUGUGCACAUGCGUGUGCCCCGUCCAGCCCCGCCAUGGCCACCCCGACCCAGGUCUCUACUUUUUGGUAUUUUGCUGUGACUUUUAUUAAAGAUACAGAAGAUGAAA